UUUGCAAUGUCGUGCAUAUUGUAUAACUCGCAGAGGUUCAGGAUACUUAAAGACGUUUUUUCCGUCAUUUUUUAAUUCUAGCUGUUGCGAGAAUAUUUAUGCAAAACUUGUGGUUUCUGGUGCCGCUUGGACAAAAGCUUCAAGGGACCCCUUGUAUUAAGUACCCGUCAUCCUCUUCUGUCUUUUAUAAGAGGUGUGCCGGGGAACAAAAAAAAUGCAGCUGCAGAAGAAGCAACUUAAGAUGCAAAUAGAAAUCGCCUUCAACCUAAGGCUGUACCGUCAAAUUGAGCAAAUAUCACUAUAACGACGACGGUGACUGGAAGAAAACGAACCUCUGUAUCCAUGGAAUACCUUCGUUGAUCAAACUAUUUAGCUGAGGUUGCUUCUUUUUUUUUAACCGAAUACGUUAUCGAACGGAGUUGCAGACAAAAAUAUUUCAGGUUGCUUUUUUAUGACUGGCAUACGUUAUCAAGCGGAGUUGCAGCACUGAAAAUGGACCAAAACCCGGUGCCUUUUGUAAUUAAUGCUGCCCUGAACAUUCCAUUUUGUUUAGUUGCCGUUGCGGGAAAUUCGCUGGUUUUAGCUUCGUUUGCUAAGAACCGCUCACUCAUUUCACCGUCUAAUGUUAUUUUAAUCGGACUGGCGGUCUCUGAUCUUUGUGUGGGCGUAAUCGUCCAACCUUUGUACAUCGUGUGGAGAUUCAACCAAUUUUUCUCCAAGGACAACUGGGGAAAAGGAAUUCUCGAUUCACUUACACUGUUUUUAUCGUGUGCUCUGUGUUCUUUCUCAUUUUUGACCGUCACAACCCUCAGUGUCGACAGAUACUUAGCUUUGCGUCUUCAUCUACGUUACAGAGAACUUAUAACUGUUCGUCGUGUCUCCUAUUUUCUUGGUUUUGCUUGCAUGUCUGCGUUUUCCCUCUGCACAAUGACCGUAUUUCUACCUGCACACGAUGAAUACAUUGCCUCUGUCAUGGCGCUCGCUUUCUUCGUGAUAAAUACUGUAAUCUACUUCAAGAUUUAUUGCGUGGUACGCAGGCAUAGGAGGGAGAUAACAGAACAACAACGACACACAAGCAGAAUUCCUGUCACAAGAUUUGCAAACAUUUUACGAUUGCGGAAUUCAUUUCUCGACACGUUUUAUGUGUACUUGAUUUUUUUGUGCUGUUAUAUUCCAUAUAUCUCCAUAGCAAUUAUAUUUCCUGAGUUCAAAACAAACUCUUCGCUUGUUAUUGCAUUCGAGAUUUCUUGGAGUUUGGUUUUCAUAAACUCCUCGCUGAAUCCUUUGCUAUAUUCAUGGCGGAUCAAGGGGGUUCGCGCAACGAUGAAAACAAUUCUACUAGGAUCUUCGAAAAGACAAUCAGCUCCGUCCAUAAGAAGGGAUGCCGGCCAUAGUUUUGCCAUGUACCAUAUAAAUCAUUCUUGUGAAGUUUUGUAAAUCAAUAUCGUCCAGUUAUGUAAGCAAUCUGCUGAGUACUGCCAUUGUUGUCAAGUGAGGUAGACAAAAGUAAUUUUCAUUUUCCCAGCUCUACGCAGUGUUUAUUUGUACAUGUAUGACCACGCCACUAGAAUUAAACUGUUCUGAAGUACAGAUAUUAUUAAAAUUAUCCUUUUUACACUGAAA